AUGGAGGCAGAGGACCGCGCCUCUGAGGGGCCCCGCGCCGCGGUGUGGCUGGGCGCCCCGCGCGCGGCCGCGCGCGGGCUGCUGCAGUUUUUCAGCGGCGGGAACGAAGGGACGCAGUUCAACGACACCACGAGCGACAGCAACAUCGCGCUGGCACUCUGGGUGUUCGCGAUUGGAGGACUUCUGUCCUUCGUGCUCUUCCUUCUCAUCUACCGAACCUACCGGAUCUACACAAUCCGGCUCCACCACCCCGCCGUGUCCGUCAAGCCGCCAGGCCUGCCAGGCACGGGCUCUUGGACACUCUGGUUGCGUACCAGUCUCGCCUGGGCGAAACCCGCGCUGACCGUGACGGACGAGGAGCUCGUGCGCACCGCGGGCCUGGACGCCCUCAUGCACGUCCGCCUGUGCCUCCUCGGCGUCCACCUCUUCGUCCCACCCACGCUUGUCCUGUGCGCAAUACUCCUCCCACUUCACGUGACCGGAACGUACCUGGACAGCGCCACGGCGUCGAUCAACAGCAGCCAGUACAUGCGUCUGACCGCCUCGAACAUCGAACGAGGGUCGCAAGUGUUCUGGGUGCACGUGGUGUGCACGUACGCCUUCGUCGCGUACGCCACGUGGCUCCUGCGGCGCCACUACCGCUCGUACGCGUACCUGCGUCAGCACUACUUCCUCGACCUCGAGCACGACGAGGGGCCGCGGAAAGGCCGCCCGACACACAACAACAACAACAAGGCGGCGAGGGCUGCCCUCGCGCAGGGGCGGCGCGACAACGGCGCGCGCUGCCUGCACCACGAGCCCUCGCCGCGGUUCCGCGCGUCCGACGCCGGCAGCGUCUGCGACGGCGACAGCGACUGGUGGGUCGGCGCUGAGCCAGCCGAGACCGCGCACCGCCGCUCGUCGAUCGUGUUCGAGCCCACGCAGGGCACGCACGCCAUGUCGCUGAUCGAGAAGGUCCAGGCGGGCCUCGCGAAGGACUGGGAGCUCUCGCCGCUGACGCAGCUAUGGCGCCCAACCCUCGUCGGCAUCGACAUCAGAUCCGCGAUGGGCGACGGCGAUCCGAUGGAGCAGGCCGGGCUGCACCUCGUGCACUUCCUUUCCAAGGCGCCGAACGUCGCGCGGACCGCGAUGCUCACCGCCGCGCGCACCCUCGCGCGUAGGCCCUCCCAGCACGGCGCGCCGCGCACGGCAGGCGCAGAGGAGAAGCCCCCCGAGGCGAGCGCGGCGAGCGCCCGGCCGCGGCACCGGCGCCGCGUGACGAUCAGCCUGCACCGUCCGGGGCAGCAGUGGUACAAGCCGGAGCUGCCCGUGGACGGGGAGGGUACGGCACACUCCCGGGGGGGGGUUAGUCAGCGUCGCGUGAGCUCGAGCGCGGCGGAGCUGUCGUCGCACCACGUCGCGCGUCAGCGCGCGCCGUAUGUCCACACGACUGCCGACGACUCGCACCACCUUUUGCGCAAGAGCGCGAGGAGCGCUGCUGACGACGCCGGCGCUGAGGGAGCUUCCGGAGAGCAGCUCGCGGGUCUGCACGUGUCGCAGGCGCGGCCGCCGCGGUUCCUCGACGAAGCGAUCAGCAAGCUGCCCCUCGACGACGGCGCUGCGCGGCACGCGCCGUCCGGGCAGCGCGUCGUCGGUCGCAUGGCGCAGAACAACGAAAGGCCCCGCGUCCCUCUGGGACAGUCGGCGGUGCUGCGCGCGGUGCAGCGGAUCGAGCAGCGCGCGGACACGCCUUCCAGCCACCCGGUCCCUGAGCUCUCCGACGACGACUGCAGCGUCCUUGAGGUGCCGUCGCCGCGAGUCAGCGCGGAGGCGUCGGGGACCGAGCGCCGCAUGGCCAGGCAGGGUUUCACGGUCUACACGGUCCCGGACGAGAUGCGCGACGCGUCGGGGCGGCCGGCGUCCACGCACAAGCGGAGGGUCGACCUCGCGAGAACAGUGAUGACUUCAAGCCUGUUCAACUCGACUGCCAAGGGCGCGGAGGAACCGAAGGCGCCGCGGAGCCCUCGCCGGCCUGGCCCCCGCGUGCUGGAGUCGAUCAAGUCGCUCGGGCUCGGGGAUUACCACGUUCCGGCGUCGUCUGCGGUCGGACUCGGGCGGGGCCGGAACGCGGGUGCGCAACAGGCGGUGGGAGGCGUCGGGGGCGCGAGGGGGAGUCCGCCGGCGUCGGACGCGACGAAGGGCGACGACAGAUCCUCGCGGACGAACAAUCAGCCGCCAAUGCACGGCAGCGAGGCCACGACGGGACCGGCGUCCAUGACGCCGCCAACCCCCCGCUCCCAGCUCGAUGUGGGUCCUGCGGCCCCGGACGGCGCCCACGGCGCCAGCCUGGACUACCAGGGCGCUCUCGGACGCCCUCCGGCGCCGCGGGCGCUCCAUGGGCCGGCGCGGUCGCGCGGCGGCAAUACAACCCCGCUAGAAAGGAGUAUGACGGAGACUACCCCCCGGGGAGUGCCGUCGAUCCCGACGGGCGCCGCAGGCGUCGUCGCGAGCACGCUGCGGCGCGGGGCGUCGGACGCGGACAGCGCUGCUCGGAAGGUUGCGUUCGCGCAGGCUCCGCAAGUGGAGCUCCUGCCGGCAUGCGUCGAGCCUACGAUGGGGACGGGGAUGCCGCGCGUGCCGUCGCUUGGGCGGAUGCCGUCUGUGCAGCCGCCGCUUGUCACCGUGAUGGAGGCGAGCGGGGCGAAGUACCCCCCCUGCGACAGCUCAGACGCGGAUACGACGGCGGGCGGCAUGCGUGCGCGGCAGGUCCUGCCGGGGGCGACGACGCUCAGGACGCACAACCACGCGGACGUGAUCGGAUACGAGGUCGGGUGCUUCGGGUUCCGCGACCGCAGUCCGACGCGCGCAGCAACGCGGCGAAACAUCUCUCUCGGUCAUCUCGAGGUGGGCGCACCGCACGGCAUCGAACAGGACGAGGCCGCGCCCGCCCCCGUCCGGCCCCUCUGGCGCAUGCCGUCUGUGCGCAACGUCGCCUCAUUCCGCGCGCGCUCCCUCGACCGCAAGCCCGUCAUCGUCCGCGCCAUGCAUUACGCAUUGCUCGUCACCGACGUGCCGGAGCUGGACCCGGAGCGCGUGAAGGAGGCUGCCGCGAAGCAGCGCUCGCGCCUGAAGGGCAUGUCGCGGAUGGCGACGCGGGUGAAGCGUUCCGUGCGCGAGAGCCUCGAGGGCGAUCGCGAUGCGAAGGACCGUCGGCCGAAGCCCGGAAGGGAGACGAGCUCGCGGCAGUUGCAGAGCCUUGCGACGGUGAUGGCGGCAGCGAGCACGGACAAGCGCGCCCAGCAGGCCGUUGCGGCGCGCGUGCGUGCCGGCAGGCGCGCCAGCAACGUCGGCGUGCGCCGCCCGCGCGACUCGAUCAACGGCUACGUCCCCGCGGACCCCACGCUCGGCCCCGCGGUUAUGCCGCGCCUGCCCGGCAUGCUGCAGGACGCGCUAGCGCCCAGCGGCGUCCCCGCGGGCUCGGCGGGCGUUGCCGGCGCAGCCGCUGCGGGCAACGGCGAGGCGCCCGGCGGGCUCCGGCGGCGGAACGUCGGGCCCGCGCAGGACGGCGCAGAUAGUGGCCACAUGGCCGCGGCGCCGGGAACGCCGGAAGCGCUGGCGCUCGAUCCCGAGGGCGUGUUCUUUGAUGCCGCGUACGCAGCCGCAAUCGACCUAGGGUUCGAUUCGCGCGUGAUCGCCGGGCCGGGCGACGUCGUGCACCGGGUCUUCUCGGAGAUGUUCCCGGACGACUACCUCUGCACCGUCCCCGUGCGUUCCCACCGCUACGUCGACUCUCUUCUGAUGGAGUGGGACAAGACGUGUGCCAAGCUGGACAGGGCGCGGGCGGAGCGCGCCGUGCUGGGGGCCGCGCGGCCUGUCGCGGUCGGGCGGGGCGGGCUCUCGCGGCUCGCGGCGUGCGCGUGCCUGCCGAACCCGUUGCGGGGGAUGUGGGCCGCACAGGACGAGGACCCCGGGGAUGUGUUUGAGGUUUCGGGGGGGAGUGUUCGCGACGCCGAGGAGUACUACUCGGCGCGGCUGGACGCGGUGGAGUCGCUGAUUCGCCGGGCGCGGCGGGAGGCGCUGACGUCCGCGCCAACGCCGUCGCGGUUCGUGAUUUUCAAAACGCAGCACGCGGCGGCGGUUGCGGCGCAGGCCGUGCUGCACAAGGAGGACGGGCGGCUGAUGCACGUGAGCCCGGCGCCGAGCCCCGAGGACGUCGCGUGGCAGUCCCUCUGGAUGGGCCGGUCCGAGCGCUUCUGGCGGCACAUAAUCACGAUUCCCCCUCUGGUGUUCCUGGCCCUCCUGCCCAUCGGUAUCGUCGCGGGGGCCGUCGCGGAGAUCAACGUCGCCGCGUGCUCCGACGUGGACUCUGAGAUCUACUCCGAGACGUACUGCUCGCAGUCCGACCCGCUCCUGCGCAACAUCGUUACUCUUCUGGCCCCGUCGACUCUUCUCAUCCUCUGGCAGACAUUCCUGCUCCCAAACCUCGUCUACUACCUCCUCCUCGCGGCCGGGCGCGCGCUGUCGCUCUCCGAGCUCGACAGGCAGGUCCUGGGCUUCGGGUUCUGGUGGUCGGUCCUCAACGUGUUCGUGGGGGGUCUGUUGGGUUCUACCAUCCUGCAGCAGGUGGAACGCGUGGUCGAGGACCCCGGGCAGGUCGUGCAGAUCAUCGGCCGCGCCCUCCCGGCCUCGAGCAACUUCUUCCUCGCCUUCACGGCCAUGCGGGCGCUCUUCGUCGCCCCGCUGUCGCUGCCGUUGCCUGUCGGAGGCAUGGUGGGGUACUUUUUGUGCGGGUGCGGUACGCCGUGGCUCUGGGGGCGGUGCGGCGCGCUCACGCAGCGCGAGCGCCUCGAGCGCGAGCGGCCGCGGACCGUGCGGUACGGGUGGCAGCUCAGCGUGCACAUUUUGGUGGUCCUCUGCGGAUGCGUGUUCGCGGUGCCGUCGCCGAUCAUCCUCCCCGUGACGCUGAUAUACUUCGUGCUCAAGUGGAUGAUCACGCGGUACCAGACGCUGUACUACUACCUCAGGGCGUACGAGUCCGGGGGGGCGUAUUUCCCGUACGUCAUCUCGCGGAUUGAGAUUUGCCUGGGUCUCGCAGUUGCGUUUAUGUCGGCGGUGCUGGUGACGGCCGAGGCGUACGUGUGCUCCGCGAUGCUGUGGCCGCUCGUGGUGAUCAUUGCCCGGAUGCACCGCACCGCCCACAAGCAGUUUGGCCACUCGACGGUGCACGUGCCGCUGGCCACGGCAGCUGCGGCGCCACCUGCUGCUAUGGAUCCUCAGACGUACCUGCCGGCCGCGCUGCGGUCCGGAGCGCGCGGGUGGCACCCCGAGACGGGCAAGGCAUGGGUGGGGUACCGUCGGCCGAAGUUCACGAUCUGA